UUUCAGCGGGGCUGUCUUGUGAACGGAUGCCUAAAUAAAGGUUCUUGUAUUUUUGACCAAGAAAAGGAAACUUUUGCUUGUUCAUGCAAACAGCCAUGGGGAGGAGAAAGAUGCGAACUGGGUAAGCAUAUACUAUGUAAUUUAUUCACAGCGAGAGCGUUAUUUGUUUUUCAUUAUCAUUUAUUAUUUAUGCUGGUAUGGCAAUAUUUCCUUACAGUUUAAGCGGUUAUAUGUCUAUAUUACAAUCAGUUGUGGUAAUAACAGUAGUAGUAGCAGCAGCAGUAGUAGUAAUAGUUGUUGUUUUUGCUGUUUUUGUACAGUGAUGGUUUCAUGUCAGUGCUCUUAGGUUCCUAUUCAGUAAGAGUUUUAGUUUAAAGGUUCCCUUUUGUCCUAUAUUCUUAAAAGCUAUCAUAGACUUCAUUAAGAUUUCGCUUCAAUCACAGAGGACGUGACAACUAAAAUGACAUGUCAUUAUAUUUCACACAUUUAUUUCUGAAUUAUCUGCGACAGGAAAUUUGAACUUGCAAAAGGUUAUUAUUAGGUUUUUUAAAGGCCACACACGCGAGGGGAAGUCCUUUUCUCCCCUUGCACACGAGAUCUUACUUGAGAUUUCUCCCUUCCAGCCUUAAAGAAACCAGCCUAUGCAACACAGGCUGCGCUGAAAUCGAUUGAGCAAAGUAAAUAUAUCACAAAAGUCGGCAAAGAUCGAGGCUAACAUAAUACAGGGGCACCCAGCGACUGUUUGCUGUAAAAUAUCUGUUCGGAGAGGCAGAUGCGGCCUAGAAUUUUCUUCUGCUGAAGACAGCUAAAAAUUUACAGAUGACCGCUCCAUUACCUAUACAAUUUUCGAAGCUUAUCUAAUAAAUUCCCUACGAUUUUUUUUUAUUUUUCACAUAUCACCCGCCAGGUUAGGCUACUUUUCGUAGAAGAAAGGAAACCUUGAAUUUUCGGAUUCAAAGAGGUGAUGGAGAGAGGAAUCAGUAAAAUUCUCACUUUCGUAUUACCUUAAAUUGAAUAUAAAAUCUUCGGGAAAAUAAUACUGAAGGCAUGUAAUUUCGAAAAGACUCAAGUUCUCCUAGAAUCACUGAAUAGAUACAAAUUUUAUGGCACCGCUUAGAAUGUAUUUCUAGAGAUCUAUAAGUACUCUGGGUAGCUCAAAAAGUGUUGUCAGUGGAUUAGGAGGAACCCGUCGUUGGGUGCCCCUCAUAAUAUAAACAGUGUGCUACCUAUGAUAUUGCGGUGCAUUCCAAUCUUUUUCCAAACGUGCUAUAUUAUUUUUGUUCAGUUCAACACUCGUCAUGUGAAGCUAUUACAACAGAUGGAAUAUACCAGCUAAAAGUGAAAUCGCUACAAUUUGAGGUAAGCUUUAUUAGAGGGCUAUUGACUUUUUCAUGAUUACCGAUCAGUGUGGUUCUCACUGUUAAAUCUAUGAUUUUGAGUGCGUAAGCAAACUCUUUCAAGCGUAAAUAACGCGAUGGUGCAUCCUGACCACGUGACACAGACAGCCUAGAUAUUUCAGUCCACAAUUCAGGUCCGCUUUUACAUAGAAAGAUUUUUUCCUAGGGAAAAAAACCGGGGGGGUACUCAACAAAGUUUUAUCCGGGGAGGCUCCGCCCCGAGGUCCAACCAUUUUCCCUUUUUACCCACCAUUUUCUACAGAAAAGGUCCCCCUUUCAUAUACCUUAUAAUGACAAAUGGUACCCCUUUUCACAGACCAGUUUUUGCAACUUUGCAUCCCUUUUAACUUUUAAAGGCAAUGUAUUUUAAAUGAUUAAUUCUCAAGACCAGAAUGUUUCCCUGAUUGUCUCACAACGAUAAAAUGCAUUUGUUUCCUCUUUUGGGCCUCUCAUUAACUGAAAUAACAGAUUCCCCACCCUGAGGCCUGUAAUAGGUACCCUUUACUGGAGGAGGGGCCUCCCCGUAUAGGCCAUUGUAGGGAAUAUGCCCCGGAAAAAAAAUUAAUAGAUAAAAAUUAACUCUUUAUCUGCAGGUCUAUUGUGACGUCACAGCCAAAGGUAAACCAUGGACUCUUAUUGCAAGAUUUUCUAACUUUGAUAAAGUGUCCUGGAUAAAUGAUGAUAGACUUUGGUGGUAUGACCAAAACGUUACUAUAGGAACAACAAGCGAUCCUUCAAAUAAUACGGACAUGAUCUCACCAGCUUUCUGGUUGGUCAGCGGCAGCGAGUUUAGGAUCACGCGCAGUGAUGAUUCCAGUCAUACGCCACUGUUGCAGACCACAGGGAACUGUUUGGGUGGACAAACAUUUCGAUCAAAAAUCACAAGUUAUGGCGACUUUAGAAAUGGCAAGUUUUCGUCCAAACACAGGUGCAAGGGAAGCUGUACGGUUCAAUAUGGCGGACAGUACAAGACAACAGACGGGUUUCAACAGGCUGAGUGCAGUGUAGGCAACAUCCAAAGCAGCAACAAGAUCGGCUUCUGGUGUGGCUAUGGAUUUGGAACUCCAGUAUAUGUAUUUAGAUCUAUCAUGAUGAUUGGUGGUGGAGGUUCAGGCUGUGCACGUGCUGAUCACGGGAUUGGAAUAACUGCGAUGGACAAAAGUUCUAGAACUAAAUAUAAAUAUGACUUUGGAAAUACCGCUAAUCCAUCAUACAAACCGACACCAUCCCGAUCCUACUCAUUAAACUUAUGGAUCCGCUGA